ACAUGAGUCGUAGUUUGAAUGAAGUUUCUGCAUCGUGAAGCGAUACCUGUAAUUGUAGCUCAGCUUUUACGUUUUUAAUAAAUGAACAAAAAUGUGUUCAACUGAGAAUCUGAGAGAGUUUAUCGUCCAGCGGCUAACUGCUGCUGCUGAAGACAUUUUUGGAGUUUUUCAGAGAACUAUCGUCGAGUACGAGGCAGAGAUCGAUCAACAGCGCAGGCUGCUGGAUAUUGAUCGGAAACCUCACAUCAACUUACACAGGAUAGAUCAACAUGCUUGUAAAGAGGAGGAGGUUGUAGCUGACCAGCAGCUCUGUGACCAGGAGAGGAACUUCAGUCUGGACCAAGAGGAGCCAGAGCCUCCACAGAUGAAGGAGGAACAACAGGAACUCUUCAGCAGUCAGAAGGGAGAGCAGCUCAAAAUAAAGCAGGAGACAGACACAUUCAUGUUGACUCCUGCUUGUGAGGGAAGUGACAACAGUGAACUUGAACAACUAAAUAAACAGCAGCUCCACUCUCACACCUCCUAUGUCACUGAGGAUCAAGAUCCUGAUGAACCGAAGCACAGUGACUCAGAAACAAGAGGAGGAUCAGACACAGCACAAAAGAGAACACAAAAGAAGAGAAGAAUUCAGAAAAAUAAAAAAUCAGAGAUUUAUUUUUGUCCUCAUCAAAGUAAAAAGUCUUUGAAAGGGGAGACAUGUGGUGAAGAGGUUAAGAGCAAGUCAGAAUUAAAGACACAUCAGCGCACCCACAAUGAUAAAGAGAUGCAUUCAUGCAAGAUUUGUGGGAAAAUGUUCAGAUUCAAGUCCUAUUUGACUUAUCACACAAGAUCCCACACAGGUGAGAGGCCCCACUGCUGCAGCACAUGUGGGAAGAGAUUCUAUCGGAUCACACAUUUGAAUAUUCACAUGAGAACACACACUGGUGAGAGGCCUUUCUCCUGUGAUAUCUGUGGGAAAUCAUUUCCUCACAAAAGUAGUUUAGUUAAGCACAGAAGAAUUCAUACAGAUGAAAGACCAUUUUCUUGCAUAGCAUGUGACAGGUCUUUCAACGAUCGUGGUGUCUUAAAAGUUCACAUGAGAAGAGCUCACACAGGUGAGCGUCCACACCUUUGUAAGACAUGUGGGAAAAGAUUUGUUACCUCAUCUCAACUUUCACAGCACAUGAAAUGCCAUGCAGACAAGUAGCUGUUUGCGUUAAGAUGUAGUGGUGAUGAUUAUGGUUAAGUGAUAGUUCUGCAUUACAAAAUGGUUAUCCCUGGUUUGUCUGUCCCUUGAAGGAUUAAUAAAGUUGCUGAAUUAAAUUGAGAUUAACUUUGAUAAAGCACUGUGAGACCAUCCUGCCA